AAAAAAUAAAAAAUUUCCCAUCCUAGUAAAACAAUAAAUAAAUAGGUAGGAUACAACGUAGCUUUAAGAUCGAAAAAUAAAAGCCCUUAUUGGAAUCCUUGUGUCGUGCGCCACCUUGCGUUUAGACUAGUUUCGACAGAGUUGGCCAAUUUUGGAUGGUUUUAUUUUUGGUAGGCCUGAUAUAGGCCUAUGAUAAACAAAUCGAGUAAAACAAGUUUUAUAUAGGUAAAUAAUGCAUUGUUUUACUAAACAAAUGCCCUAAGGAUUUAUAAUGCAUUUGUUGACACCGGUAGACGGCUACUGCCUGUUGUUUAUUGUUUCCCUGGGUGACGGAUUGUUACACAAAUGUUGAAUCUACUACAGGACACUUCAAGUCUGCAGACUAUCACGACAUAUAAAGUCAUCCUUUAUACAAAAUGGACAGGAGUGAAAUGUCAUGAGCAUGAAUAUGUGGAAACACACUGCCUCUCAACACUCACUCUGGAGUUCUGGAAAAGAGCAAGAGUUCAAGCCUCACAUUAGACACGUCGAGCCUGUUCUGACUGAAUGUGACCUGGACUGGAAAUCCCGUCUGCGCUGGAUAGCUGAACCUCGAUACGGUGAUGCCCCACUUCCGCACAUCAAAGACAUAAAGUUUCCCAUCGAAAGAAAACUGAUGAGGUCAUUUCCACAGUCUAAUAUGACGUCCUGGACUGAGUGGAGCUUUUAUCCAAAUUUUGGACAGCCCAAGAUCUAUCACACUGGAAAGAGAUGUUUUAUAGACAAUAUGAAUCAUCCAAGAAGCACAAGAUGUAUUUCAGAGAAUUCGCUGGAGUCAUCCAUAGGGAGGAAAAAGAAGACCAAAGAUAAAUUCAACUCGUCAACAAGAGCCAGACCUUUUCUAGUUCCUGAGUAUAGCCCUGGCUUCCACAAGUUUAAAUCAACUCCAAACACAAUUACUUUUGGGUCUAUAACUACUUGUGGGUCAUAUAUUCACAUACAGGCCCCUCCAAAAGAGUUCAGAAAAUCUUAUGCAGAGAAAAACAAAAUUCGAGAGAAAGAAAAUGACAUUCUUGAAGUCGAGAGGCUAAACAACUGGAAACCAGCGCCAGAUGUCUAUUCCAGGGCAGUUUUGCAGGAGAUCUAAUUUGCAACCGGUUGAACUCUACAUUCUACUAAGAAUACUAUAUUUCUUACAUAAAUCAGUUAUGGCUUAGCUGUAUAACUAUACACUAAGAAGGAUUCAAAGCAGGCCAACGUUUUCUCAAAUGCUAUAGACUUGGGAAAGUGGAUGCCCUGACCUUUCUUUGCCGUAUUUUUUUUAGUGGGGUACAUUCUCUAGGUGUUUUCUAAUUCCUUGACAAUUCUCUGCUUUCAUUAUAGUCAUGUAAUGAACUUCUGGUGUUAAAUCUACUUGACAAAUAUAAAGUCAGCUUGCAUUGCAGCAGUCUAAAUAUGCAUCUUUUACAGCAGUUUUUACUUGUGUAACAUUCUGUUGUGGACCAUCUGGUUUGUUGAUAUCUAGCCAUCGUAGGUUAGACUUUGCCGCAAAAUUAAUGUCCAUACGGUUCAUCCGAAGGGCAGAAGAAUAAUGCCCAAGAGUUUAUCGACACGCUACAGUUUAAUUGUCAUCCACCUACACUUUCUUUAACCUCACACAGCACACCCAUACAUGUGUUUCUGUGAGCAUGAUUAGCAUUGCUAAUGUAAUUACUGUCCAUAACUUGUACUGCAAGCAUGCUGUAGAGAGCAAUAAUAUUCUUUCACUCUGUAACGUUUCUAAGUUUUUCAGUGCUCUAUGUUUACCAGAAUUACUUUUUUUUAAAGGUCUUUUAUUUUUCUUGACAAGUUCUUGUGAUAUGUAAAGAAUGGAUUUCCAGAGUAACACUCUAACAAUCUUUAAAGCCUCUGACAUACUCCCUUGAGGUCGUCUAAGCGGUACAGAUCACCUUUUGAGUGCAUUUAUGUCAAAAAGAAAUGACAUAUCCCUGGCAUAAAAGAUAUGUGUCACACAGCAUACUAAUUUGACACCCUCUUUGGCAUGAAUGCAUUGGAAUAAGGUAAACAUGUCUUCCUCUAAAGUCUCUUUUUUGAAAUGCAAUAAGAGCCAUCUCGUUUCUAAUUGGUGUAUUUGACAUCAUUACGUUCUAUUAUAUACCAUUCAUGCUUUUAAGUAUCUCAGCUACAGAUUAUAUCUGUUUCAUGUUAAUCCUUUUUAGAAGCUUUUCAAACCACAGGCACUUUCUUUGGACUACUGCUGGGCAUAUUGAUUUACCCAUAAUCACUCAUUGAUCAUUUGCCAUAAAAAAACACAAGACACAGCACUCUUUAAAAAUGUGUUUCUUGACAGGUUAGUAAAAUCUCUCCAGAUAAGAUACUGGUUAAAGUGAUAGCUCACCCAGAAAUGGAAAUUCUGUGAUCAUUUACUCACCCGCUUAUCAUUUCAAAUAUUUAUGGCUUUCUUCUGCAGAACACAAAAGAGGAUAUUUUAAAGAAUGUUGGUAACUGAAUAAUGAUGAUAAAAGACCUGAAUUUCCUCAAUCACAUCUAUUGUAUGGACAUAAAACCAAUGUAAGUCAAUGGGUACCGCUGUGAUCCGGUAACCAACAUCCUUCAAAUGAUCUUUUUGUGUUCUGCAGUAGAAAAUCAAAGGUACAUUUUAAUGAAAGAUCACGUUUAUAUGAAAUAUGUCCUUAUUUAAGCAACCACUAGAGGACACUGUUUGUCUUCCAUUUGAAAUCUUGCUUCAAUGAACAAACUUGUUCUUCUGAAAUCCAAAACUAUAUAUAUAUUUUUUAGUAGUUCUAGUUUACAAAAUCCAACAUUUAUUAUUAUUUAGGUUCAUGGUUUAGGGCUAUACCCUAACAUUAUUGAUGCUGCAUCAAGCACUUUUGUCUAAUCAAUGGACUUGCAAGUAAUCUUCCACUUUCUUCUCGAUGUGGCUCAGUCAUUUCCCGUAACAUUGUUUAGCAUAUACACGCGGAGAUCAUUGCAGAUCAUUUAUAUUUUAAGGGUCACGUCAUUAAAAACAAUAAAUCCUGUUUGUGA